AUGUCACAUCACACGUGGAAAAUCAAGGAGACCCGUUUCGAAACGCGCCAAGAUGCAGUUGCCGUACAGAAGAACCGGACAAGAUCACCACCGGUCGCCUGUCGGAGGGGUGUUCCCGGGGCCGGACAUCGGGGAGGUGAGACGAUCGUUACCCAGCGUGCUGCCAAGACUCUGGGCACUGCCACGCUUGGCACGACUGCCCAGAACAACUAG